AGUAGACCAGUGUAAAGGAAAAAAGAUCUCAUGAGGAACCAAAAGAAAGUUUAGGAAUAAUAGAGAGAGUGAGCUUAGCUGCCUUUGGAUCCCAUCCCCCCUUUUCACUUAACUUUGUUCAAAGGCAAGAAAAGGAAUCCUCGCACUCUUGGAGGGAAGUUUCUUCCAAACUCCCCUCACAUUCCUCAUUUCAAAUAUCUCUCUCUCUCUCUCUCUCUCUCUCUCUCUCUCUCUCUCUCUCUCUUUUGGGUAUAAAUUCCCACAUCAUAUCUCAUCAAACCCAUUAGUGUCCUUCUCUCCAUUCAAAACUCUGUUCCCCAAAGCUAAAUUCUCUGUUGGGUUUUUGGUGACCACUUUACAUCUCAUAUCUUUCAUCUAGUCUUUUCUCUCCCUUGAGACCUUGAUAUCCUUAAAACCAAUUUCUCUUUUAGUAAGUCAAAACUCAAGAGCAUAUAUAUUUGCAGAAUUUAAGAAAAGUGAAUCUAAAUGGGAGUUGGAGGAACAUUGGAGUACAUAUCAGAGUUGAUGAGCAGCGGGCAUAAGCAAAAGAAGAGGAAGCAAUUUCAAACUGUGGAGCUCAAAGUAAGGAUGGAUUGUGAUGGCUGCGAGCUUAAAGUCAGGAAUGCUCUCAAUUCAUUGAGUGGAGUGAAGUCAGUGGAAAUAAACAGGAAGCAGCAGAAGGCGACAGUAACAGGUUAUGUGGAACCAAACAAGGUGUUAAAGAAGGCCAAGUCAACAGGGAAGAAGGCAGAGAUAUGGCCCUAUGUGCCCUACAACCUAGUGUCGCAGCCUUAUUCUGCACAAGCUUAUGACAAGAAGGCACCCCCUGGCUAUGUCAGAAAGGUUGAUAACAACCCUCAAAACCAGAGUGUGGUCAGAUAUGAUCAAGGGGACCCCUACACCACCAUGUUCAGUGAUGACAACCCUAAUGCUUGCUCUGUUAUGUAGGAACUUUUGGGAAAAAUGGUAGGGUACCCUAAUUGUUUAAGGACUUUUGGAAAUGUUUUUUUGGUUUGUUUUUUGGUUCCUUUAUCUGAUCUAUAGGGAUCCUAGUCUAAUGAUGAAUGAAAGAGGUUGGUUUUGGUGACAACCCAUGUCUUUUUUGUUGGAAUAAACUUAUUUUAGAUAGAGUUUGGUUUAAUUUUGGUUCUUGUAAAUUAGAGAAAUAAAAAUUAUGUACCAAGUUUGCAAGAGGGAUUUGCAAAUUAGUAAUUCGUAGUAAGUUUGAGAAUUUUCGUGGAA